AUGUCCCGUGGUCGCGUCCAUCGUGCUUUUAGUCUCAAGUCGGAAUUGUCCGGAUUUCAGGGUCGGAAGAAGCACGGAAAAGGACGGCAAGUUUGGCCCGAUGGCGCAGAAUUUAACGGGGAGUGGAAGGACAACGUCGCAUGUGGGAAAGGAAUCUUCAAACAUGCUGAUGGAGAUGUUUAUGAGGGUGAUUGGGUGGGAGACAAGGCAAAUGGCUUUGGAUUAUUGAGGCAUGCGGAUGGGUCAACAUACGAGGGCGAAUGGAAAGAUGACUUGAACCAUGGAAAAGGAAAAGAAACGUGGGCCGAUGGAUCCAAAAACGGACGAAAAGAGGGCCGGGGUGUGUUCGAAUGGCCUGAAGGAUCGAAAUAUGUUGGAGAAUUCCACAAUAACGAGAUUGAGGGUUGGGGUCGAUAUGAUUGGCCUGAUGGACGGGUGUAUUGCGGCCAAUGGAUGGACAAUAAAAUGCAUGGGUUCGGGUGGUUCUUCUGGUUUAAUGGCCAGAUUUAUCGGGGAGAGUACGACCAGGACAAGAAGGAAGGCUGGGGUGAAUUUUUGUGGCCUGACAAGAAGGUCUAUCGGGGCUGGUGGAAAUCCGGAAAGCAAAAUGGAUUCGGAACGUUCCAAUCACCAAAGGGUGAAGAGCGUUGCGGGGUGUGGCAAAAUGGUCAAAGAUUGGACUGGCUUGGCACUGCAGAAGAGGUUGCGAACUAUAAGCAGCAACAUAACGUCGCUGAGGAUCCUACUCUCCCGUCGUUGCCCGAAUGGUUGCAAGAGCUCUGUGAAGAUGCAUAUCCCGCUUGGUACAAGGAGCACGUUAAAAUUUCAAAUGGUGCAUGA